CUAAUUGACCUUUUUCUAAUAUUAUUUACAAAGAAAAAAAUGUAAAAUAAAGAUUGCAUGUUUACAGUUCAAAAGUGCACUAUGUAACUUUUCUGGUGGAGGGUCUGCAACCCGCUUGUCCUCAUGGAGCAGUUGCUUUGCCUGGAAUGUUCUACAAUAUACCUCAAUAUAACUGGACUGUCAAACUGGGGGAGAAGAAGAGCAAACAGGAAGAGGAAGUACAUGAAAGUAAAUACGACCUGCAGUUUAGGCGAGGAGAUCUGCUGGAGGUGCCACGGACACUGUUCAUUCACUUUGGGAUCUACUUGGGAGGAGGCAGAGUGGCUCACUUCAUCCCUGACAUCAUGCCUGUGAUCAGCAGUGACCCAAAGAAGAUCCAGACGAUGGUCACCAACACCAGGCUCAUCUUAGGGGUCAUCCUCAAGCGUGGCAGUGUCAGAGUCGACUCUGUGGAGGACUUCGCCUAUGGAUCUGAAAUCCUUGUCAACCCCACAGACAAGGUAUGCAGCAGUCAUCCUCCUCUGGACCCGGAGACAGUGGCCCUGAGAGCAGAGAGACUCAAAGGACAGGUCCCCUACAGCCUCCUCUGGUUCAACUGUGAGCACUACGUUAUGUACUGUCGCUAUGGGACUAGCAUGAGCUUCCAGACCUUCCAGUUUUGUAAGACGGUCCGGAAGCUGGUGCUGAGCCGGGUGAUUGCCAAGGUGAUGUGGCUGCUGGGGGCGGGGCUUGUGCUGUACGUGCACGCUGCUCUGAGCCCGUGCACACUUUUGCUUUUAGUCCUGGUGCCCUUCCUUGUCUGGAUGGCCUCGUGA